UUGGGAGUGCGGAGAGAUUCAAACUAAGCGCGGCCUGCGGAGCCUGCCGCUGGAAUCGUCUUGCCCUUCCUGCUAUCCCACCGAGCUGACGGCUUCGGUCCUCGGUCCUCGGCAUCCUGACUUUGCCAAUGGAUCCCGUCGGAAAGUUCUGCGGGAAGCUGCGUGACCUGGCCGUGACCCUGGAGCGGGAGACGGCUCAGCUGCAGCGAGCGCUGAACGGAGAAGAGGAGGACUUUGAAGACUCUCCAAUGAGAAUUUUGCAUGACUUGCAUUUGGAAGUGAAGACUCUAAAGGAUGAUGUUAAUGUUCUUCUGGAUAAAAGUCAUUUGGAGAGGCAAGAAAGCAACAAUUUUAUAAAAAACACCAAAUUGCUGAUGGAAAAGAAUAAAAUGGAUAUCACAAAAAUAAGAGACUUAUUCCAGAAAUAUGGAUAUAAACCAAGUCCUAUGGAAAAUCCAGUGAUAAAGGAGGAUGCUAAUAAUGUUAAACCAGAGGAAGCUAAUUGCAAAAACUCUCCGAAGUCUGAGACAGAGAAAGAAGAUGGUUCUGCUCAAAAUAACCAUGUUCCUCACAGCCCACCACGUAGUCCACAGCUUUCAGAUUUUGGACUGGAAAAGUAUAUGUUUUCCAGAAAUUGGAAUAUUCACCCACCAGCAAUGAAUAUUUCUAAUCGAGAGCAAAUAACAAUGAAUACACCUUUUAAACAGUCCUCCCCUAAAGUGUUGAGAACUCCAAAAUGCACCUUAAAGAUGGAUGAAUAUGCAGUGGUAACUCCUAAGCUGGAACACUUUGGUAUUUCAGAACAUACCAUGUGUUUAAAUAAUGAUUACACAAUGGUACUUAAAAAUGCCCAGAAAAAUAAAAGUUUACCUAAGAACAAUACUAAUGAAAUUAACGUAGAAGCAAAAUCAGGAGGCAACAGCAUCCUGAUCCCUCCUGUUUCCAUCUGUGAGCAGUUGAAAGAAAAUUGUGCUGACCAUGCCAAUUCCCCUAUGGAGCCUGUAUUCUUCACUCCUGGCUUGAAAAUCCCAUCUAGAAACAGCAAUCCAGUUUUAAGUGUCCCUAAACCUAAAGAGCUUGGUUUCUCCGCUAAUGACAAAGAAAUACUAAUUCAUCAAAACUUAAAAAUGCAUGCGUUGCAAAAAGAAACAAAAGGGACAAUAAUUCCACCAACAUCACACUCAAAUAUUUUGCCAAACAAUUUGGAUUCAGAAGAUUGUACUUCACUGGUCUCACAAUCUGCCAAGUUCUUUGAACAUCAUAGAGAACUCUCUCCUCCUAAGAUUUCUGUCAAUGAAAACCUGCUAAGAACACCCACGCCUCCAGAAGUAACUGCAAUUCCGGAUGAUAUCUUCCAGCUGUUAUCAAGGUAUGAUUCAAAAUUAGCCACACCACUAUCAUUUAAACCAGCACCCAGCAAAGCACUUUUUCCUGAAUUUAAAUGAAAGGUUAUUCAAGAGGGAUACAACAAAGUAAACUACUAAAAGAUGUGCUCCAAAUCACCAAAUUUGCUUCUAGGCCAUCUCCUGCAACCAUCAUAGAGGGGGACAAUUCAAACUACCCCCCACCACCUUAACCACCAUCUCCCCUCAUACCGUGAUGGAGAGAACCCAGGAUCCUGAAACCAUAAGUCUUUGAAAUAUCAGUGCUUCCGGCACAGCCACCACCCUAGAAAGAAACCUCUGGCAGGUGCUAGAACCCCAUCUAGCAAUGACUCAAAAAAGAAAAUUGUCAGUCGAUAGCACUGUCAAAUGGUUCAAUAUCAGAAAUUUUCUUAGGUUUGGGGGGGGGUUGUUUUUUUUAAUUUCUGGAGAUUACAUUAAGGAAGAGGCAUUUAAUCUGCUUUGCUGCUGUACCCAAAAGACAAUGGGGCAUUUCCAUCUGACUUGUAGCUGAGACUUUCCGUGUAUUGUCUGCCCCAUUAGAAUGUGAGCUUCUGGAGAGCAGGGAUUACCUGAUUUUGCUGUUUGUUUCACCAGUCACACAGUGCUGUGAACUAAGUAAGCACUUAAUUUAAGGGCUUUACUCACUCCCUGUUUCAUAUUACUUCUCUUCCUUGACUCUUUUCCAUUGAAAUUGGCCUAAUGACCUUUCCUCUAUACAGGAUAUUCGUUCAUCCAGCUCCAUGACUUUGAUUAGGGCUAGGCCUCCCCCCCCAUACACUACCUUCUCACCUCUGCCCCAUAUAAAGCUCUUUAGGUUCCUUCAGAGUUCAGCUCCAAGUGCCACUUCCUCAAGAGGCCUUUUCGAAUUCCCUCUCAGUGUUCUUUCUCUUGGAAUUUCUUUGUAUAUGCUUUGUAGUUACAUGAUGUAUUAUGCUGUAAACUCCUUAAAGGCAAGGGUUCCUAUUUUCAUUUCUGUAUCCCUAGUUGUUUGUACAUGGAAUGUACUUCAUAAAUGUCUGUUAUGUUGAAUUAAACUAUUGAAGUUUUGUGAAAAUAAAAAACCAGAAAUGUUGUAUGGUACCUUAUGGCUUAUUAUAGUUCAGAUUGUUUUUAACCUUU